AUGGUGGCCCCUAGGAAUACAGCCUACGCUGAGGAGAGCGCGGAGGUGGAGGUACUCUAUGCCAACCUUGAAAAGCUCAACCGGCUCACCAAGAAAAUCCAAGGCUCCCUGGUGCGCCUGGAGACCAGUGGCAAGGUCGUGAAAGAAGCCAUUGGGCCCAUUUACAGCAACACACAAUCCCUGCAAAUUACAAACAGCAAUAUCGACAAGGUCAAUGAUGCCAUCGACCGACUACGCCAGCCUCUCGACGCGAAAAGUCGGGAAGAAGGCAUCAUCCGCGCAGGGCCGCAGAGUGGUGGUGUUCCACAAUAUCUAUCGGCAAUGAAGCGCGUUGAGAAAGCGCUGGUCGACCUCAACACGACAAAUCUCCGGUCGAAUCAAAACGCAGUGGCCGAUUUCACCUCGCUACUGAACACAGGAAAUACCAAGCUACAAGAAUUGCUCCGGUCUGAGCUGAGGCAGCACGUUACGCCAAUCGAGCCAUUGCACUAUCUUACAAAGGAGCUCCCGUUUCCAUCCAUCCCCGACAGCACUAUCUCAGACCUUGCACCGCUAUGCUCAGCAAUUGGGUCAGCAUCGGCUCACGGUCCCCAGCGCGGCAAAGGCGAGAACCCAGCACUUAAGAUAUACGCUGAAGUACGCGGCCCGUAUAUCACUGCCAGCUUGCAGAACCUUUCUAUUGCAUCUCUCAAUACAGUCAAGAGACGGCCUACCGAUGGCCCAUAUAAGCAAGGCACUAAUGGAAUCGGAAUCUACACGAAUGCAUUAGAGGGCUUUAUCACAACGGAGCAUGACAUACUCUCGCAAAUAUUCACGGCUGACCAGCGCGGCGACGCGCUGCAUGCUGCAUUCCUGCCCGCAAUGUCAGAAUAUUCCAAAACCUUGCGCGAAUUGAAUCAGUAUAUUAAGGCGAACCUGAUGACGGAUUGUUUUCUUGCGUUCGAAAUCAUCGAAAUCGUCACAGCGAUGUCAUACCGUAUUGACUCGAAGACUGCAGAAUUGAAAAUCCUCCUCAUCGAGGCCCUACGCCCUAUCCGUGAGACAGCCAAGUCAUCGCUAUCAGAGUUGCUCGAGGAAACCAAGCGCAAAGCUGCCAAUGCCACCUUGCCCCCCGACGGCGGAUCGGUUCCUCUGGUGGAUGAAGUGAUGAGCGCAUUGGCCACCUUGACCGGGUACUCGGGGCCCCUGGCCUCUAUAUUAACAUCCCUUGGAGAUGGAAACUGGCGCUCCAACUCAAAUACCUCCGGCACAGCCCCCCUGGAUGUUGGCCCCGACAGUGGCACUCUUCUCUCCCACUUUAUCCUCGACAUGAUAGAGGCCUUGAUGACUUCACUAGAGGCUCGUGGGCGAACUUUUCAUCGUUCAAAGGCCGCGCUGGGCGUCUUCUUGUCCAACGUAUUCUGCGUUGUUGAUCGGGCCAUCCGCCAAAGUCCCGAGCUGGCGCGUUAUCUUGGUGCCCCGGACAGCAUCAACCGAAUCGACUCCUUCCGCAAACGUGCAACCUCGACUUAUCUAGAUGCUUGGAAGGAGACCUCUCAAUUUUUGCUAGAUGUCCAGUAUACUUCCCGUAGCGGAGCACGGCCAAGCUCGGGCGGCGCGGUGGAUUCUAGCGCCAUUGUCAAGACUCUGUCAUCGCGCGACCGGGACGCGAUCAAGGAAAAGUUCAAGUCUUUCAACGCGAGCUUCGAUGAUAUGGUUUCCCGGCACAAGAAUAUCCAUAUGGAGCGGGAAGUGCGAUCUGUGCUUGGUCGAGAGUUGCAGGCUGUUCUUGAGCCUCUGUAUUCUCGUUUCUACGAUCGCUAUGUUGAGAUCGAUAAAGGUCGUGGCAAGUAUAUCAAGUACGACAAGGCCAGUCUUGCCGUGCAGCUGGCUCAGCUGUCGUCCUAG